UACCUCUAUUCCACCGCGGACACAGAUGAAGGUGGUGGUGAAUUAACUGGGGGAGGGAUAGAAUCCGGACAAUUAGUAAAUUUGUCUACCCGCAACAGACCUCUAAUAGAAAAGGACGUUUGUAUUUUCAGUACUUUUCUUAUAACGAUACAGGCCUAGCCAUUGUCGGGGGAAAGUAAAAGAGGACGGGUGACGUCGUACAAAAAGAAGACUGAGCUGAAAAAAAUCUUCUGGCUGGCUUGCUAACAAAGAAAGCCUUUUCUAAAAAGCAAGACCUUUUCUCAAAAGGAGUAAUCCUCACUAUUCUCUUUAGUUAUGAGUCAUGUGGUCGUCGACAAUUCACACGGUCUAGAUCAGCAGCUUGCUGUCCUAGACUUGAACUCCGCAGACGGACAGGGUGGAGGCACUGGCAGGCGUUACAUUCCUCCUCACUUGAGAAACAAAGAUGCCGCUAAAAAUGCAGGAAAUGCUUAUUCCUCUGGUAGACAGAGCGGUUAUUCAGUGGCACCAGUACCGAGCUACUCACCCGGAUGGGACGGCGGACGCAGUAACGGCUUUGUGAAUGGUUACCACGAUGGUCGUAUGAAUGGGGAUAGAAACAGUUUUGGGCGUGGACCCCCUCGCAAUGACAGAGGUGGGAGAGGUGGCUACCGUGGCAACAGAGGAGGUGGAAGUUUCAGUCAGCCAAUUCAUAACACAGGAUAUGGCUUUGAGAAUAAAGACGGAGGUUGGAAUUCUGGGGCCAACAGUGCCUACAAUAGCUUUGGUGGACGCCCAGACAGAGGAAAGUCUGCCUUUUUCAAUGACAGAGGAGCUGGUUCUAGAGGAAGGUUUGAGCGCGGAGGCUUUGGAGGAGGAGGAGGAGGCGGUGGAAACAGUCGCUGGGUAGAAGACUCCCGAGAUGAAGAGGAUUGGUCCAAGCCCACCUCCCCCAACGAGCGCUUGGAGCGUGAGCUGUUCUCUGGAAGCAACACAGGGAUUAACUUUGAGAAGUAUGAUGACAUUCCUGUGGAGGCAACCGGCACCAACUGUCCUCCCCACAUCGAGAGUUUUCAUGAUGUUGAAAUGGGUGAGAUCAUCAUGGGCAACAUAGGGCUGAGUCGCUACACCCGUCCUACCCCUGUGCAGAAGUACGCUAUUCCCAUUAUCAAGGCCAAGAGAGACCUGAUGGCCUGUGCUCAGACUGGUUCUGGCAAGACUGCAGCGUUCUUGCUUCCAGUGCUGAGUCAGAUCUACACAGAUGGGCCAGGGGAGGCCCUACAGGCAGCCAAAGUCAGUGGCCAGGACAAUGGAAAAUAUGGACGCCGUAAGCAGUAUCCCAUCUCUUUGGUCCUGGCUCCAACCAGAGAACUUGCUCUUCAGAUCUAUGAUGAAGCAAGAAAGUUUGCGUACCGCUCCAGAGUACGCCCUUGUGUGGUGUAUGGAGGGGCUGACAUUGGCCAGCAGAUCCGUGACCUGGAGAGAGGCUGUCACCUGUUGGUGGCCACACCCGGUCGUCUGGUGGACAUGAUGGAAAGGGGCAAAAUUGGCCUUGAUUACUGCAAUUACCUGGUCCUGGAUGAAGCAGACAGAAUGUUGGACAUGGGCUUUGAGCCACAAAUCAGGCGUAUUGUGGAGCAGGACACAAUGCCUGCUAAAGGCAUGCGGCAGACCAUGAUGUUUAGUGCCACUUUCCCGAAAGAGAUCCAGAUCCUGGCCCGUGACUUCUUGGAAGAGUACAUCUUUCUUGCUGUGGGUCGUGUAGGCUCCACCUCAGAGAACAUCACCCAGAAAGUGGUGUGGGUGGAGGAGAGUGACAAGCGGUCUUUCCUUUUGGAUCUGCUCAAUGCUACAGGUAAGGAUUCUCUCACUUUGGUGUUUGUGGAGACCAAGAAGGGUGCCGAUGCUCUUGAAGACUUCUUAUACCGUGAAGGCUAUGCGUGCACCAGUAUCCAUGGUGACCGUUCCCAGAGGGAUCGUGAGGAGGCACUACACCAGUUCCGCUCAGGCCGUUGCCCCAUCAUGGUUGCCACAGCUGUGGCUGCUCGAGGACUUGACAUCUGCAAUGUGAAACAUGUCAUCAACUUUGAUCUGCCCAGCGACAUUGAAGAGUACGUCCAUCGCAUUGGCCGUACUGGACGUGUUGGAAAUCUUGGUUUGGCAACCUCUUUCUACAAUGAUAAGAACAGCAACAUAACCAAGGAUUUGCUGGAUAUCCUGGUGGAAGCCAAACAAGAGGUUCCUUCCUGGCUGGAGAGUCUGGCCUAUGAGCACCAACACAAAAGUAGUAACCGUGGGCGGUCCAAGAGGUUCUCUGGUGGUUUUGGAGCCAGAGAUUACCGCCAGAUGGCAGGUGGUAAUACCUUUGGUGCCCGAGGCGCUCGCAACACAGGGGGCCAUGGUGGAAACAGAGGCUUUGGGGGUAACAAGGGUGGUUUUGGAAACUUCGGCAACGAUGGGUAUGGUGGAAACUAUGGAAACUAUGGUGGAAACUACACCCAGGUGGACUGGUGGGGAAACUAGAUGUACAAGUGCAGUGGGUCAUCAUGCCAAACUAGCUGAAUGGAAACCACAUGUUAGCAUAGCCAGACUCUACCCCUUGUGUAGCUUCAAGAUCUUCAAGCAGUACAUUACAUGCUGUUAUUCUCUGCUCGCAUUCUGAAAGGGAGAUCAGAGAGAUGGAGAAUGACCAGCAGGACAACCGGAGCGUCACUCCUGGGAUAGCAACCAACGUGGACGCCCAGACACACGUUUGAUAUAGAAUCUCGGACUUGAGUUUUCAACUGCACUUUCUUUGUUAGGAAAAAAAAAAAAAAAAAAGAAGAUCACUCGUAUGUUAAUGUACUGUGCCUUUAAAUUUAGACAGGAUUUUUUUUGUUUUGUCAUUUUACGAAAUGAACUCAGCCAAGAGCUCAAUUUCUUUUUGUUGUAAAAGGCAUAAGAAAGCUUGUACUUAAUCAAACCUUGGCAAACACUGGGAUGAUGUGGCUUGAACAAGUCACAGUUCCAUUUGAACCACAAAUUGUCACAGGGAUCUCAUGUAGCCUAACAAACAGGCUAGUGCACAAACAGCUCAUGAAGCCACCCCUGAGGAGUUUGGUUUUAAGGGUGGAAUCUUUGUGUGGCAACUGUGUUGUAUGAAACAGAGUUCGAUCAACUUAUUUCUUUUGCUCACUCUAUCCUGGAUAGCCACCUAUUUAGGGAUGCAGUAGUCUUCAAAAAAAAAGGCCAUUCCAGUUGUGAUCUUCAUGACAAAAGUGAAAAAAAAAAACACUUGGUGUUAACACACUCUUGUGUUUUUAAAAUAUGCAGUGCUGGAACUUGUUACUCCACUUCCUUCAAUUGACUUGACAGUGUUAUGGCAGCUAGUAAGUAUCACAUGCUAGCCACAUGAAGUGGGCAGCAUUUUUUGUUGAUUUCUUUUUACUUGAAACAUUUUGGGGAAGCAGGGGUGAUUAAAAAACUGUAAAGUUUUUUGAUUAAAUGUUUCUUUACAAAUGUUCUCGAAGACAAAAAAUGCCUGCCAUGUUGAAAGUGAAGUUCAAAAUGGCUACAAAAAAAAAAAGGACCAGACAACCGGUGCGGCCCUGUGUUUCUACAGGGCCGCCUCGGUCUUAAACGCAUGCUAGUGUUUUGUUUUUUGGUCAAGGAGAAAAGACAAAUGAAUUCUGUCGCAGGCUUUACUUUAUCACAAACGUUUUCUCUUUUCAAGCUGCGUUGGAGACAUGGCUCCUUAUUUCAUAGACAGAAGCAGUACGAGACGGCUAAGGGUUCAUUUCGAGGCAGAAACAGAGCUUCACUGGGUGUGUAUGUGUGUUAGGUUGGGCUUGGCGCUGGUGCAGUGUAGUGGGCCACCAUUUUAGUUUGCUUUGGGCUUCACUGCGCUUCGGCGGUGGACAUCACAGUGUGGUGGCCAAAGAUUGGGUUUUCCCCCUCCUUAAGGUACAUAAAUGCUGUCAACUCCUCCUGGAGUUCAUCUGCUUCGACGCGUAUUAAAGCUCUGGCCAAAGAGCCAGGUUUCUUGCUUCCUUUUUAAAGGAAGGAAGCAACAGAGAGGAGGAGGAAAAAAAAGGCAUUUAAGUGCAAUAGAUUUUCUUCUCAAGUGAGUUGUGCCUUGACAUUUUUUUAAAUUGAUGAAUUCAAGCGGAUGCACUGACAGUAUUGAGAACUUAAGACGAAUGGUGCUACUUAAGUUAGGUCUAGGCCCUCGUAUGUUGUGCCCAUCAAGUUUUACAAAGUUAUUUUAUUGCACAUCUAGAGUUUUAUAUAAAAUGUCUUGAGUGCGUGUCCUCAAGCUUCAAAAUAUUGUGUGUGGAUAUAGAGAAAUGCAGCUUGUUUACAAAAGGGGAAGGGUUAUCAAUAUUUAAACCAGGAUUUAUUUGGGACCAGGGGGACCAGCAGUGGGGAAUUUAGCUAUUUGCACACAGAUUUCUAGAUUCUACUUUUGCUGCUAGUUUUGUGUAAUUUAUUAAGCAUUUUUUGAGAAAUAUUUAUUUUUAUAAGCCUCAAAGUGAUUCUUUGAAAGUUUCAAGAAACUUGACCAAAAGACAGUUCAAAAACACUGGCACUUGAUUGUUGAAUGUCACCUGUAUGCGUGAAAUUUAUAUAUUUCGGGGUAGUGUGAGCUUUUUAAUUUUUCAGACAUAUUGGACUCAGUCAGUAUCCACAGCUGUUUAAGGCCUUGAGGCCAUACAAUUCUAUGGGAUAACUAAUUGUCACUCAAAAUUCAAAUUGGGAAAAAGAACAUGCCAAGGUUUGGAAUAAAGUGAUCAAAAGAGCUAACAAUUUCCUCAAUGUAUCUGUGCAAAAGUGUCCAGAUUCUCCAAAACGAGAGCAUUGUUUUCUUACUUUUUAAUUGGUUUUUGUUUUUGUUUCAGUCAAUGUCUGGCACAUGGUGACCUUAAACAUGUGGUUAUUCUCUAUUGUUGCAUUUGCAUAUAUGGCAGCUCUGCUGUUUGACCUCUCAGGAACAUUUAGCAAAUGAUGGCAUUAGCAAUAAGUCUUACUGUGCAGUUUCAACACUGAUCAUGAUCCGUAGAUAUGGUGGAAAGCUAGACUUGCUACAUGUCCUGAGGGGAAUCCAGAGCUCUUUAGAUUUAGUAUUUGCUUUAUGUAGUAGUCUAGAAGCUCUGCACCGCAUGAGAAGACUCGGCUGUGCAUUUAUUGUAUGAUUUUACCAAAAUAAAAGUUUGAAAUGCAAAUACUUUAAGCAUGUUUUCUAAACUGUUCAAUGUAGCAAAUGGGGGAAAAUGUUGUAGCAACUGUUCAUAGUGUUGCUGAAUUAUAUUGGAGUUGUUUGAAAUUCAAUUGGCCUCACUUCGUUAACAAAAUAGAAAGUUCAUUUUAAACUGAACA